ACAGGACGGGGAUGGGGCUGACUAUGUGCAAGAGACCCUGCUGCCCGUGUUCCUGCUGCAGGACCCCCUCACCGGUCACUGAGAGACCAGGCCGAGGUGUGGACAUCAGAACCAGCAACACAGACAUAAAGAGAGCCAAGCCCACCUUCCAUUCCUUCAUCACUCCCAAUGCAGAAGACCAACCAGACAACAAAGAGGAGUCCCUGAAGAUGUACAGACCCCAUAACCCCAAUCCCGCGCCCACUAUUACCCUGCAAAAGAUGGAGGAUGAUCUGUCCGGACUGGACAACCCAGGAUACGUACCCGGCGCGGACUUUACUGAGAAAUCCAGAGAUGAGGGUCUGAAGAAUCCCAAUGGAAGACCCCCCAGCAACGAAUUCGAUGGCAGCAAUCUCAGACUGAGUACCGGGGGGCUGAGGCGAUCCACAAAGGUGUCUAGGUACAGUUACAAGCCCCGAUCUGCCGAUGACCUGGAGGUGGCCAAGGGGCAGCGUCUACAAAUCAUCAACUCCCUCGGAGAAUGGCUAAUUGCGCGGACGGUGAACCAGAACGGAGAGAGCAGAACCGGAUACAUCCCCCGGACUUAUCUGGCCGACGCUGGGAGCCUGGAGGCCGAGGACUGGUAUUCUGGUCCAUUGACAAAGCUUGAUGCCAAGCGCUACCUCCUGCAAGAGCAGAACAGAACCGGCUCAUACUUGGUAUGGAGACGGGAACAAGAUAAAUGCUACUAUAUCUCUGUGCGUGUGGACGACUUGGUGAGGCAUUACAGAAUAUUGCAGGAUCAGGACUCAGUUUACCUGGUGAAAAGGAAAUCAUUCUCCAGCAUACCGGAGCUUGUCCAGUAUUACCAGCAAUCGUGCGACGGACUCUGCGCCAGGCUGGAGACGCCAUGCGUCAAGCUGGACCUUCCAUCUGUUGAGAGCAUCUCCCACACCACUGUGGAACACCUGGAGAUAGACCCCAGCUCCAUAGAGAAGGUGCAGAAAUUGGGCAGUGGCAAGUUCGGCAUGGUCUGGCUGGGCCUGUGGAACGGGACCACAGAAGUAGCCGUGAAGGAACUUCAAGUUACGCCGGAGUCCCUACAUAAGUCGCUGUAUGGCGAGGCAGAGACCAUGUGGAGGCUGAGCCACGAGAAGCUGCUGAAGUUGUAUGCAGUUUGUCUGCGAGCGGAACCCGUCUUCAUCGUCACUGAGUACAUGAAACAUGGCACCCUGAAGAAGUACCUGCGAGCUCAUCAGAAGGACAGAGACCUGGCGUAUCACCAGCUGGUGGACUUUGCGGUGCAGAUCUCCCAGGGAAUGGCGUACAUGGAACAGAAGGGCUAUGUACACCGGGACCUGCGCUCGGAGAACAUCCUCCUGUCCGCCAUGAUGUCCUGCAAAAUUGGAGACUUUGGCAUGGCGCGUUUCACGGAUAGUGCCUCCAUUGUUAUCUCUGCAGAUGCUCAGAUUCCUAUUAAGUGGAUGGCACCAGAGGUUUUCCUGCAGCAGAAAUACUCCAGCAAGUCAGACGUCUGGUCAUUUGGAGUCUUGCUAAGUGAGAUUAUGACGUACGGAAAGAUGCCUUUCCCAGAUAAAACAAAUGGAGAGUAUCGGCAGCUCAUACUGGAGAGAAGAGCUCUAGACCCACCCGUUGAAAGCCCCAAUGAAGUGUCACAUAUCAUGACCAUGUGCUGGAGGCAUCAGCCAAACACCCGACCCUCGUUCUCUGAGAUAGAGCGCUUCCUCAUGGACCUGCUGGACCCAAUGCUGGUGGAUGACACAGUGGAGUGAAAGGCUCUGCAGCAGAGCGGUUUGAUGUUCUGCAGAUCAUGAAGGAAGACACACACUGAUGUGGCGGAGCUUCCACAUUGUCAUAUAGGGACCUGGUGGCAGCUAUACACAAAUUUCCACAGCAGGGACUACACUGAGAAAGUAUGGCUGCCUCUCCAGCAGCCCUAUCCCCUGCCUUGGCGUAUGAGGACCCGCCAUAGGCACAUCUCUUACAGAAAUGCCCCUGCCUUGGCGUCUGCGGACCCAGCAUAGGAUCAUCUCCUGCAACCCUCUCCCCUGCCUUAGUGUCUGAGGACCCGGCAUCAGCCCAUCUCCAGCAGCCCUGCCCCUACCUUAGCAUAUGAGGACCCAGCAUAGGCCCAUCUCCUGCAGCCCUGCCCCUGUUUUAGUGUCUGAAGACCUGGCAAAGGCUCAUCUCCUACAGCAAUGUCCCUGCCUUAGCAUCUGAAGACUCGGCAUAGGCCCUACUUUUACAGCAAUGCCCCUGUCUUAGUGUCUGAGGACCUGGCAAAGGCUCAUCUCCUACUGCAAUGCCCCCUCUUAGCAUCUGAGGACACAGCAUAGGCUCAUCUUGUACAGCAAUGCCACCUCUUAGCAUCUGAGGACCUGACAUUGGCCCAUCGCCUACAGCAAUGCCCCUGUCUUAGUGUCUGAGGACCAGGCAUAGGCCCAUCUCCUGCAGCAAUGCCACCUGCGUUAGUGUCUGAGGACCAGGCAUUGGCCCAUCUCCUACAGCCAUGUCCCUGCCUUAGUGUCUGAGGACCCAGCAUAGGCCCAACUUCUACAGCCCAGACCUUGCCUUAGCAUCUGAGGACUUGACAUAGGCCAAUCUCCUACAGCAAUGCCCCUGUCUUAGUGUCUGAGGACCAGGCAUAGGCCCAUCGCCUACAGCAAUGACCUUACCUUAGAGUCUGAGGACACUGCAUAGGCUCAUCUCCUACAGCAAUGCACCCUCUUAGCAUCUGAGUACCCGGUAUAGGCUCAUCUUGUACAGCAAUGCCACCUCUUAGCAUCUGAGGACCUGACAUUGGCCCAUCGCCUACAGCAAUGCCCCUGUCUUAGUGUCUUAGGACCAGGCAUAGGCCCAUCUCCUGCAGCAAUGCCACCUGCGUUAGUGUCUGAGGACCAGGCAUAGGCCCAUCUCCUACAGCCCUGUCCCUGCCUUAGUGUCUGAGGACCCAGCAUAGGCCCAUCUUCUACAGCCCAGCCCUUGCCUUAGCAUCUGAGGACUUGACAUAGGCCAAUCUCCUACAGCAAUGCCCCAGGAUGAGAGAUCUAUACCAGGACUAAGGGCAGUUUGUGACUAAGGCUUGUAAGAGGGUUCCAUUUGCAGAAGGUCCCUCACAAUGUCAUGUAGGGCCACUGCACAGUAGCACUUCUCUUGCGUUGUAUCUACUCCUGCUCUCUGUGUUUGGACAACUGCCUUGUUCUCCCGUUCUGUAUGCUAGGUGUAACACCCAUUGCACCAUCUGUUCCCCCUCACAGUGGCAGAACAGUCCUUCAUGUUUAAUCUCAGUAUUUGCUGCUGGUGUGAUGGCAUAGCCGCCAGCUUAGUGCCACUUCUCCAUGUAGUUCCCAGGAUGCAUUCUCACAUCCUGGCAGGAUGACAUCUCCAGCACGCUGGCGGUGUAGGUCUCAGUAUCUGCUGCUGAUGUGGUGGUAUGGCAGCCAGCUCAGUGCCACUUCCCAGAUGUAUUCUCCAUCUAGGUCUCAGGAUAGAUUCUCUGUUACAGGAUACAGGUAAUAAAAUUGUAAUGAGACUGUAUCCUGGAGGCGUGUGUAACGUCCUAUGUCCCUCUGCAUAUGACAUCACAUAUGGCGCAUGAAUCGGUAUUCCGCAGCACUGAGAGAGGAAGGGGUGGCAGCUGCCUGGAAUGGUGGAUGUCCAGUUUCCAUGAUAUCCUGUCAGAUUGGGAGAGCGGUUCUGGGCUAAUUACUGGGGCUGUCCUAUAGAUAUACCCGUAUCAGAGACAUGGGGUCUUGUCUGUGCCUCACUGAGUGUUUCCACAUAUGCCCACAAUUCUGUGUCAUGCAUCGCAGGGUGUCCACAGUCAUCCAUUGUCAUCAUACACCUCAGGCAAUGACAUCGAAGAAAGAGCCAGGGAUGGACCUCCUGACCAUAAUCCUGACAUAGGGGUGAUCUCUGCUCUGGACCAAUUUCCUAGUAUCCGCGCUAAGAAAUAAAGGGCAAGGCCAUCGAGCGCCUAUAUGGUGCCGCCAUCUGCUCCUUGUCAUCAGACGUGUGUAUAGUGUCAGAUGUCAGACAGCGCCACCAGCUGGGGAGUGUAGGAACGUGGAUGCAGGUAAUGAGCUCUGGGUCUCUGGUGGUGUUCCCUAUCGCACUGAUUAUAGCCCGUACACACACAUAUAUAUUAUAUAUACUUUUAUAAAUAUAUUUACCUGUGAUAAUGAAGUUUGCUAAGACCUGUGCUGUGAUUACGCUCUGCUUCCACCAUAUGUAAAUCUAUCAAACAAAUAAAAUCUAUA